AUGGGGAAAAAGAAGUCUUUAAGCUUAAUAAGAUUUUUAAGACCAUUUCCAGUAAAGACUUUGACCUAUUCUUUUGUUUGCCAACUUCUUCAGAUAAUUUCAAGUUAUUGCUACUUCGUAACACUUGAAGGAGGAGAAGUAGAAUACCUCAAAGAUAAUGCUGGAUACUUUGCUUGCUGGAUGAUUACCAGUAUUGCACUUACAAUUAUCUCCAUUUCACUUAUAUAUAGCCAACUAUCUGACCCAAUUACAUAUGUAAACUAUAUCUUAAUUGGAAUUCAGCUUUUUUAUACACUCACUUACUCCCCGGCUCAGUGACUUAUCAAUGGAGGAGGCAUUAUAUUUUUUGUAAUUCUAAAUAUUUGAAAGGAAAAUUUAAAAUACUUCUAAUAAUCAUAAAUAAUUAUACUAAAAAAUGGUUUGCUCGCUUAAAAAGGGUUGGGAGUUAUGAUUUAGGAACUGAUCUGCAGCAUCAUGGACAAUACAAUUUACUUGCCUGUUUUCUUAUAUGGAUUCCAAUCAUAUUGGGGCUAAUCAUAUAUAAGACUUGCAAACAAAUCAAAAAAUUCAUCAAUAAUGAUAAAAAGUAAGGCUUAUGAAGGUUUUGAAUAAGUUUAGGAGCUACUUUUAUAAUUAUUAUUACUUACGUAUACAUUAGCCUUGAGCUGGCCUUAUAUAAUUGGUAUUAUGGGCUUGGAGGGAAAUCUUUGAUUGUCGAGCAAGACUACUGCAACUUAGAGCCUCCAGGUUAUCCUUGGCCUGGAAUUCUUCCUCAUCGAACCCUUAAUUUUUUUACUUCCCCUUAGCUAGCAAGCAUUUUCUUACAAAUAAAUCGAGUAAUUCUCUUUUUCAAGAAAUUUAAUCGAAACCGUAUCAAAUAAUUCCAUUUUCUAAGCAUAAAUAAAUAUUGAUAAAAUUUGUGAAGCUUCUUUGUUCAUCAUACAUAGGCUAAAUUAUAGUUUAUAUUAAAAAAAUAUUCCCUCGCUAACCAAAAGGAGGAAUUAGUAAAAGUCUAUUUAGCUGGAAGUAGCCAAUGCCCAAAAGUUGAUCACUUUUCAAGCUUAGAAAAUGGGGUUCUUUCAAUUAACUGUGACUCAGAAGCCCUUAUCGUUGAGAGGCCUGAUUUCGUAUCUAUGAGGCAAGACAUGUUCGUAUUGACAGAAACUGGCAUGGAGCGCUGGAAUAAUAGAACCAAAGCUAUGGAAAAACGCUACAAAGUUCCUGGAAAGUAAUUCAAACAUAGAUCACAAAAUUUGAGAAUAAAGGCAGAAUGAUUCCAAGUCUUUUGUGGCGAUCGAGAAGACUUCUAUAUCCAAAAUGUUCCCAAAAAAGAAGUUAUUGAAAGGCUAGACAAAGAAAACAAACAAAGAACUGUCCCGCCAAUGAAUUUGGUAGUCAUUAUGAUGGACACUGUAUCUCGUUCACAAGUUUUCAGGAAAAUGAAUAAUUUAGUAAAUGUUUUGGAGACUUUGAAUAAAACUGGAGAAAACGAGGUCUUUCAAUUUUUUAGGAUCAUUUCAAAUGGUUUUAAUACAGAAUAUAAUACUCGUGCUAUGUACACUGGAUCACAAUUAAGACAAAACAGAAGUGGAAGGCCAUAUUGGGAUUUUAUGAGAGGCCAAGGCAACGUAGCAUUGUAUAUUAAUGGAUUUUGUGAAGACUGAAUGUCUGUAUUUUUAAAGAAAACCUUUAGUGGGAUGGAUCAUGCGGUAUCUUUUCCUUUUUGCCAUUUCGAAUACCAUCCUAUGGAAAAGACAUUUGGUAAUUUUGGAGGACCAUUUUCAAUCCUAAGAAGAUGUAUCAAUGGUAAAUACGUCCACAAGCACAUUUUUGAGUAUGUUGAUGAGUUUUGGAUGAAUUAUAAAAACUAUGGAAAAAUAAUCCACAUUCCGCUGCAAGAAGGUCAUGAAGGUACAGGUGAAGUGAUUUUAACUGUAGAUCCAGAUUUGUCAGAUUUUAUACUUGACAUGAAGAGGUCAGGAAAACUCGACAACACAAUUUUAGUCAUCACCUCAGAUCAUGGAUCUCACAUGGGGCCUUACUUCAUGGCCACUGAAAUGGGAGCUUUUGAACAAAAACUCCCAGUCCUAUUUUUUAUCUACCCAACUUGGUUUCUCAACAAAUAUCCAGAAUUUAGAAAAAGCCUGCUUGCAAACGAACAAAAACUAGUCGGGCACUAUGACACUCACUGAACUUUCCGCCAUCUCGCUACACUUCCUGAGUUUGGAGGAGAAAUAAAAUCCAAUUUUUUGCAUGAAAUGAACGAUUUCACUGAUGUGUGAGACUGCAAGAAAAAUCUUUAUUUCAUGGAAGUUGCUUACCAAUUCAAAGGAAAAUUAUGGAAAAAGAACUUAAGUCCUUAUAUUGUUACUAUGAUUUAUAGAAGAAUUGAUACAUGCUUUGCUUACUUAAAGCAUACCCCAAAAGAGUAUAUAAAUUUAACAAAUAUACCAUAUGACCAGGUUUUAGAGGAACAUGAAGAUUAUGAGACUUAUAGGACACUUGAAUAUGCCAUGAUUGAUAUUGAUGCGAGAUAUUGGUUUGAAGAUGCAUAUCAAGACUUAUCAAAGCAGCAAUUAUUGGGAUUUACUAAGUUUAAUGGAAAUGAAGGAUACUUCCAGCAUAAUAUAGACCUUGAAAACGCAUCGUGGAACACUUUAAAGGCACCUGGAAGAGGAAGAUACUUAUUUGGAAGAAGUUUGAUGAAGUAUUCGGACGAUAGAGACUGCGAUCAGGCUGGCAUUCUUAGAUGCGUUUGCUCAGAUUUUGUUAACAACUAG